UUCCGACGAGCAGCUUGCGCACGUAGGCCUGAUACCCUGUUGCCGCCAUGACUGGCACCCUUGGCCAGCGUAAAGGAGUCUGGGAGCCUCUUCCCCUCAUCAUCUACGGCUACGCGGUCCACCCACUCUCGCCUGUCAAUCGCAGAGACACCAAGCUAUCUAGCCGCACCCACAUCUCCACCUGGACAGACGCUUCGGGAGAUGAGCACCUCGUGCACAGGGACGUAGUUUCCCUCGAGGUCGGAGACAACGUGUACGCGUUCGAGAAGUAUAUUCCGCGGGACAAGGAGGUUGAAGGUGUAUGGUAUCGUGGGUACGUCGUUUGCACUUCUCGGCGGCCACAGGUCAACUGGUCGCUGUCCUCGGACCCCUCCCCGUCAAAUCCCAAACCUUCCGCUCGCGCGGACGAGUUGCAGCAAGUCUUCAUAGGCAUCUUCCCGGCUUCCCACAUAUUCGUGCGAGAUGAAGUCUCAGACGCGGAAGGCCGUCUCACGGAGUUGUUCAAUGCGCUCAGCAGCCCGGCGGACGGUCGGACGUCGGAGGAGGUCUUCGCGAGUUGGAACAAAUCUAUGCGGGAGAUGGACCCGGUCCGCGAGGAAGAAGAAGACGUUAAUGACGCAGCUACCCGCAAGUCAUUCAAGCUCACCCCGCCCCCCGACCAAGCGCUGUCUACGCGUGCACGCCUGCCCGUCUACCCCGCUUCUAUUCGUUCGGCCUCCCCCACCGAGUCUCAAUUUAACAAGCCAUUACCACCUCGUCCUACUCUCACGUCUGGAGACGACACUUUGUCCGGUGCGGCGCAACCCAUCAUCGAUGAGAUCGCGUCUGCUCUGCGGGAAUGGCAUGCGCUCAUGUUCCAGUACCUCGCCCAGCGCGAUUACCGCCUCUUCCAUGUCGUCCGAGAGUACAUUGAAGUACUUCAUCUCGGUCGCCGCCAGCUUCUCUCGCAGACCCUCAGUUCCGAGGAGACCGUCAACCUGCGGCGCGAAUGCGUUGCUAGGCUCGUCUCCGGGAACAUCCUCCAGGGCCUCGAUGUGAUCGUGCGCCACCCGACCUGGGGAGGGCUCAUCAACGUCGACGUCGAGGGCGAGAUCGACCACCGGAGCUGGAUGAGCGCGGUCCGGAUGUACGCGCUGCAGGCCGCGCUCGCGAACAUGGACGUGUCGCUCGCGCCCAACACCCCAUACAAGCUGCCCCAAUCGAACGGCUCUAUCGACUACUCGGCCUCUGUCCCAACGCCGGUUCCGCUCUCGGCGUCCAUCCACUCGGCGUUCCCGGAGCUCCCUCGCCCGCGCGGACACUCCCGCCUCAUCGGCUCGCUCUCACCGAUGUCUCCCACUCAGCAGCGGGCGAAAUUCUACCACGUCUUCCUCGACGUGCGCGCAUUCGUCGCCUCGCCCUGCGCCCCCGGUGAGACCGCGGAGUUGUACUUCUCGCUGUAUAACAAGGCCGACGCGCGAUUUGUCUCGGAGGAGUUCUGCGCUGUCCUGAACCACAACGGUGUGCUUGCGCGUGACCCGUCCGCGCGGAUCCGAACUCUGUUCACGGAUUUGGUGCAAUCUGACGCGCAGGACCCGAUCUUCCUUGUGUGCAAGAUCGUGAGGAACGGGUCGCUCAAGAUGAGCAGCAACAUGGGCAUGAUCUCGGAGAACCCACGUCAGACGGUGAUCGGGUCGAGCUACAACGCGUCCAUGUCAAGCGAGUCGUUUGGGCGUAGCUCGAACUCGACGGACCCGCAAUAUUUUCGGAGGCCGUUCGGGUGCGCGGUGCUUGAGCUGACACAGCUGAACGCGAUGGCUGCCGAGCAGUCUGAGAUUUCAUCUACGAGGGAGCACACGAUGCCCAUCUACGUGCCCACGAACGAGACAACAUUCUCCAUGCUCCACCAAGACAUUCUCAAUCACAACGUGAGGGAGUAUGAGAAGUCACCGAGGGCUGAGAUGCUGGCAGUCUCGAUCAAGAUCUUCUAUGGGGAUGCCGAGACAAUCGUCCGCGAGAAUUCAUCGCUCCUACAGGACACCCCUCUCAGCUUGCGCCUUGGCUUCCCCGACGUCGUCUUCCCGGGCGAUGUACGCAACGAGCUUUACAUCAAGCUCUGGAGCGGAGACUUCUCCUCGUCGCAGGGCACCACCACCCGCCGUAAUGUCGCGAACUUUGCGCGCGGUCAGGUCGGCACGGUCACCGGCAACGUGCAGGUGACGAUGGAAGUCAAGGACCAAGAUGGACGGACGAUCGAGCGCGUCAUCUCCCAGUGCAGCGGCGAGCCCGAGGUGACGCAGUUCCACUCGAUGGUCUUCCAGCGCACGACGCAGCCACACUUUGGCGAGCUCGUCAAGCUCAAGCUCCCACUCAACGGUGCGCAAAACUGGCACCUCUUCUUCACCUUCCGCCAACGCAGUUCGCGCGAGCGUUCGUCGAGUCGGAACGUUGAGACAUCAGAACGUCCAUUUGCGUUCGCGUACCUCCCGCUCUUCCCGGACCGGCGUGCGUUCCUUGAGGACGGCAGUCACACCCUGGUGCUGUACCGCGCAGACCGACUUGCACAGAUCACGACGGAUAUGUACCUGCAGUCGACGCCUUGGCUCCCAGCGAAUCAGCGCCCUGAGCAGGUGUACGUCCCGCCAGAGUUACAGAGGAUCGCACCUCCCAUGCGCGACAGCCUCGUGAUUCGCUCAUCCCUCUGUUCGACCAAGUUCACGCAGAACUCGGUGCUGCUCAGCCUGCUCAACUGGGAGCAGAUCACGGAUAAAGAGCUGCUGUCGACGAUCCUGAGCAAGUUCACCUUUGUGGGCGAGGUUGAAAUCGUCAAGUUCCUCCGUGACAUCUUCGACUCGCUCUUCGCCAUCCUUGUCUCGUCUAACAACCAGUCGGGCGAGAUGGAUCACCUCGUGUUCAACGCGCUCGUGACCGUGCUCGGCAUCGUACAGGACCGCCGCUUCAGCAACUUCCAGCCCGUGCUAGACGUAUACAUCGAGCGGCACUUCACUUGCGCGUCGGCCGCGUCGCACAUGAUCCACUCGAUGAACCGCCUGCUUCAGGACCCCACGGCGAAUGAUACUGCGUCGUCCCUUCGUGCAGCGUUAAAGGUCUGGCACUAUAUAUUCAAAUUCAUCGCCCGGUCCCGGGAGCUCCAGAAGGCGAAGGAGCUGGGCAUGGGUGGCGGUGCGACGGCGGAUCACCUGGAGGCGACGUUCAAGCGCGAGCUGCGUGCCCAUCUGAAUGAGGUCAAUCGAAUGAUGUCUACAACAUCCCCGCCGUCGAUCAUCGGGACGCAGACCAUCGCUCUCCAGCACUUCACGUCCAUCCUCCCGGAGCUCGGCAAGGUCUUCUCCAUCGUCGAGCUUGUCACCAUUGCUACCACGUUCGCGAACGCCAUUGCGUCGACCAAGGGCAAGAUCAUUAUUUGGAAGCUCAUCAUGUACCUCCAAAUCGUGAAAGGCUUCCUGUUUGACAACCCCAAGUCGCGCAGCCUGCUCGUCGAGGCUGUCGUCAUUUGGAUCAAGCCGCAGUUCGGCCGCUUUGACGAGUACACGCAGACGCAGCCCGGGGACUCGGAGGCAGCGAAAGACGCUGCGCGAGUGAGCUGGCUGGAGAGCAUACGUCUUUCAGUGACCGUUGUGGCUAUCAUGCUAGACAAGUUGCAGCAAUGUCUGGUCGAUCCUGUCAUUACAUCCGAUCGCAAUGCACUCAGGCAGGAGCAGUACAACAUCGAGUACUUAUUAUCCCUUCUACCCAGAUUGUUAGACUCGUACCAAGAGUACCAAAACCCCGCGUCACUCCGUGCCGUCGAGCGCAAUCGUUCGUCCACACCUGUCACUAAUAACUUCCCCGUCACAUUCCCGGAGUCAUACCCAUUCUCUCUUGCAACGCAAGUUCCCAAGACGGCCGCAGGCUCGUCCUCAACGUUGGACGUCAAACCGGAGUUCAGUCCCGGUCUGGGCGAGGUGGCCAUCGUCAUCUUAGUCCUAAUACUUUCGGCUCCCAAGAAGCACAUCGUCAUGUUCCUGGAGAGCAUUUUGGAGAUUGAGGGGCGGGACCACCUAGCGACACUGCUCUUGCAGUACUUCAAGGUGGCAGGCUCGAUCCUCGACAACGAUGCGUUCCCGAAGAAUUGGCUGAACGUGAAUAUCUUGGCGCAUCGUGUGCUGCUCAAGAUGAUGGACCCUAUCGCGAGCAUGUUCGAGCGCGAGUUUGUGCCUGACGAGGCUUCAGGGAGACCGUUCGAUGCGUCCCUUUGGAAGGAGUGCUUCUACGUCCUGCUUAAGUUACUGUCCUCUGAGCACCUGGUCAUUGAAGAGUUCAGCCCGCAGAAACGACGAGCUGUGUGGCGUCUUGCGGGCGACAUUCGAGGUGAAGGUGCUAUGCUGCUGCUUCGGUUAUGGGGCGCUCUGGGCUGGCCAGACGAGACUGCCACCGAAGAACUUGCAAUUGCAAGGUAUACCAACUAUCAAGCCGCUUUGAAUACCCUUGUUGGACACAUCGUCAAUUUGUGUCUCAGCCACCAUGACCAGCUUCGGGAGAAUGCGGUGCAAGUGCUCUACUGCAUGAUCAUUGCCGAAUACCACACCUCGCGAAGCUUCGAGCAUAUCGAGAACGAGCUUGUCAGCAAACUUGAUACCCUAUUCAUGUCUGACAGUAAAAACAACGAGAUAUCCCGUGCGUUCUUCAUCGGUCACCUUCGGCACCUUUUCGAUUCCUCGGACGUCGACGAAGACCUGCGCACUCGCGUGACGCACUUCCUCGACUCAGUCGAUGUCUUCCUCGAACUUCUCCUCAGCGUCCGUGCCUUGCCGGAGGGCGAGGAAUAUGCGGAUGAUCGUGUUAUCGCUACGCUUCGCCUGAUGAACUUCAUUCGACGCAUCGGGCGCGAUGAAAUGUAUAUCAAAUAUGUCCAUCAGCUCGUCAACAUGCACCUCCAGUCUCAGAACUACGUUGAGGCCGCCCUCACUCUCAAGCUUCAUGCAGACCUUCACGAGUGGGACCUCAAUUCUUUCGCUCCGCCUAUGGAGGACUUGGGUCUGCCACAACAAUCGCAAUUCCAUCGGAAGGAGACGUUGUGUCUGCUCAUUUUGGACUAUCUCGGGAAGGGGAAAGCGUGGGAGAGUGCGUACGAGAUCUGCAAGGACCUGGCGGCCAAACACGCGGAGGUCACCUUCAACUAUGCGCGCUUGGCAGAAAUCCUUCGACACCAGGCGGCUCUCCUGGAGCAUAUCAUCACGGAUCAGCGGUAUUACUCCGAUUACUUCAGGGUCGCUUUCUACGGAAACUUUCCCAACGCUAUCCGGAACAAGCAGUUCAUCUACCGUGGUUACGAGUGGGAGAAGUUUGGUGCCUUCUGCGAGCGCAUGCUCAACAAGCACCCCGGCGCCCAACUUCUCAAGACUAUGGGCGAUCCCCCUGUCGACAUCCGGUUCGGUACCGAUCAAUACAUUCAAUGUACCGCUGUCACACCCGAACCACGCCGCGAACUACCAAUCUUCACAAACCCAGAUGUCCCUCCUCAGGUCCGCGCAUACUACGAGCAUAGCGCAAUCAAUCUGUUCAGCUAUUCUCGUCCAAUCUCCAAGAUGGAUCGUGACGGCACGGAGGAGGUAUGGAUCGAGAAGACGUACCUUACCACCGAGGAGUACUUCCCGACGGUCCUGCGCCGGUCUGAAGUUGUUGACGUUCAGUUGGUGCCGAUCUCUCCUGUUGAUACUGCGCUUCUUGAAGUCGAGCAGCGCACGCGGGAGUUGGCUGGAUUGAACCAGAAGUACUCGUCUCUUGCCAAGACGGCUCAGCAUAUCUCAACCAACGUGCUCGCUAUGAGCUUGAACGCUGCUGUCGAUGCACCACUGAACAGUGGCGUCGGUGCCUUCCGCCAAGUGUUCUUGUCCGAAGACUACCUUGCGAGGUAUCCGGAUAGGGUCGAACAGGUAGAGAAACUUCGAUAUGCAAUAGAUGAGCAGGUCCGUAUGAUUGAUAGCUGCCUCAAACUCCACGGACAGCUUUGUCCUCAGGAGAUGUUGGCGUUCCAUGCUACCCUGGAGAAGUUCUUCCAUAAGAACUUUGCUGACGAGAUUCAGCGUUUGUCCGUCAACUCGACCCCAGAACCGCGCGCUAUCAAUGCGGUGCCAACGUCUGCCCGCCUUCCAACAUCUGCAGCCAUGCCCUCGCCCAACUACAACACUAUCUGUAGGAGGACUCAGCCCCUCACUGUCGGUCCCAUCCACGUUGGCAUGACGCCUUCCGCCUCAACCUCACCUAUGUCUCCCCGAUCCCAGGAGAACGGACUGCCCGUCGCGGAGGCACCUUGGAUGAAGCAGACACCCCUACAACGCCACCUCGCACAUCUAGCCAGGCAUGGUUUCAACGGCGUUGCAUCAGGUCCUGGAGACAACGGUGGCAGCGACUCGUUCUCUGAAGAGUCGCCGCGUAACUCGGUUGUUACCGUCGGGAACGCUCCGGCGGCUGCGUUCUCUGGGGCUGCGUCUGUGACAGCAUCUACGUUGGGCAGCAUCGGCUCCAUCAAGGGCCGCUUCUCCAAACUCGGCAGCCUCAGUUUUGGGCGUCGCGAUGGUUGA